CCAUUCAUCUCAAGGUCUUCUAUACCACUUAACUUUCUUUCACCCUUCAUUUCAAAAUUAUUUUGUUUUAGUUUAAAUUAAUUACUCCAUUUGUCCCAAGUUAUUUAAGUCGUUGUAUUUCAUUUCGGCCAUGGCUAAGGUAUUUGAUUGUUCUAGAUGAUAUGUGGAACCUCAAAGCCUGGGAUGAUAUGAAUGUGAGAUCCUUGUUUCCGGAUACAAACAAUGGAAGCCGAGUUGUUGUGACAACUAGGAAUGCGAAUGUAGCCAAUCACUUGGGCGAUUAUUGUGUUGCCAUGGGUUUUUUGGAUGAGGAAAAUAGUUGGCAUCUAUUUUGUCAAAAUGCAUUUGCAGAGCAGCAAGGAUGUUGCCCUCUUGAGUUGGAGAAGACUGCAAAGAUGAUAGUUGCACGAUGCAAAGGACUCCCCCUAGCAAUUGUUGUUGUUGGAGGGAUUCUCAAGAAGUCCCCAAUGACUCUAGUCUACUGGGAGAAUGUUGCACAAUCAAUUUUGCAUUCUACAGAUAGCAAUGAGCAAUGCUUGAAUGUAUUAUCUUUGAGUUAUAGAUACUUGCCAGCUGAUCGAAAGCCAUGUUUCCUACUCCUUGGAUCAUUUCCAGAAGAUGAACAGAUUAAUGCGCCAGAUGUUAUUAAGCUUUGGAUCGCUGAAGGAUUUAUACAACAUUUUCAUGAUACCAGAUUGGAAGAUGAUGCAGCGUAUUUUUUAUGGGAUCUUCACAUGAGAAAUCUCAUAUUAACGGAACAGUUGGACUAUAAGGGGAACAUAAUAACAUUUAAAGUACAUGAUCUAGUAAGAGAAUUGUGCCUACAAAUUGCCAAGAAAGAGGAUUUUUUAUCAGUGUUUGAAACUUCACGAGGCAUAACUAGGGAGCGUCGGGUUUUAAUCAAUGGAGUGGUGAAUCAUGAAACAAUAACCACGGAUGCCCCAGUCCGUUGUCUGAUAUGCAACGGAGGUCGUUACGGUCUAAACAAUCUGAAUGACUUGAAAAUGUUGAGAACAGUGAGUAACGUUUUUACGACAUUCAUAAGUGAGUCUAUUUUUCAGCAAGUUAACUUGCGGUAUCUUAAUGUGAAUCUUGUUUAUAUCCCUCGCCGGUUUCUUUAUUAUCUUCCCUCGUCGAUAUCAUUGCUUUGGAAUCUACAAAUAUUAACAAUUAUUUUACCAAAUCAAUCAAAAGUAAUUGCACCUUAUGAGAUUUGGGAGAUGCUACAACUUAGGCAGAUUGAGGUCGACAUGAUUUGUCUCGUUGAUCCUCUUCCCGUGGAUAAUGCAAAUCACAUGGCUAUGAGAAGUCUAUACACACUUUCGAAAGUGGAGAAUUUCAGGCUUAGUGAAUGAUGCGGAGCAGGAAAC